AUGGCAAGCACAAAGUAUCAGCCCGUGUCGCAGGGGGGCAGCGUCGCCCCCGACCCUCUCUCGCCGUCCGCCGACGAGCAGCUCAAUCUCAUAUCGAAACACGACAAUGAUCAGAACUGGCAUUCAUUAGACGAUAUCGACGCGUCCGACCUCUCUGAAGACGAUGAGGCAGGUGACACGAUGCCCUCCUUACUCAAGCAAAACCCAUAUGAGCGUGACAACUUCGCUUCCAAGCUGCGCAGGGCGGCCACCGUCUUGAAAGCAUUCAUUAUCAGGAACUGCCUAAGUCUGAUCGCGACGGCUGGCAUUAUUUUUAUCUUUUUGCCGUUACUUGUAUAUCAACGCACUAUCAGAAACUUCUUCUGGGGGAAAAUUACUUAUGAAGCACCCCCCUGGUACCCGUCCCCCCAUGGCGGCACGUCGGAGGCCUGGGCACACAGUUACCAAAAGGCCAAGGUGAUGGUACAGAAUAUGACCCUACCGGAAAAGGUCAACGUCACAACCGGUGUUGGGUGGUCGAUGGGACUGUGCGUGGGCAAUACUGGUCCUGCUAUUGAAGCCGGUUUUCCUUCCUUAUGCCUUCAGGACGGUCCCUUGGGGAUCCGUUUUGCCGACCAAAUAACGGCCUUUCCCGCUGGUCUCACAACGGCAGCUACCUGGAAUAGGACACUAUUUGAAGAACGCGGUUACGCGCUUGGACAGGAGGCUCGGGGUAAAGGCGUAAAUGUCCUUCUGGGUCCUUCAAUGGGGCCGCUCGGCCUGGCGCCAGCUGGUGGCAGGAAUUGGGAAGGCUUUUCUCCAGAUCCUGUCCUUAGCGGGAUUGCAGCAGCAGACACCAUCAAAGGCAUUCAGAGAACCGGGGUCAUGGCGACGGCCAAGCACUUUGUCCUCAACGAGCAGGAACACUUUCGACAGGGAAGAGAAUGGGUCCUGCCAGAUGCUAUAUCCUCCAAUAUUGACGAUCGGGCUCUCCAUGAAGUCUUCGUCUGGCCUUUUGCAGAAAGCAUUCGCGCGGAAGUUGCUAGCGUGAUGUGUUCGUAUCAAAUGGUCAACAAUUCAUAUGCAUGCGGUAACAGCAAACUUUUGAACGGUAUUCUUAAGGAUGAACUAGGGUUUCAAGGAUUCGUUCAAUCGGACUGGCUCGCUCAACGCUCCGGGAUCAUUAGCGCGCUUGCUGGUCUUGAUAUGUCGAUGCCAGGAGACGGCGUCGCUUGGGCCAAUGGCGAUUCUUUGUGGGGAAAGCAGCUGACAAUCGCCGUUCUCAAUGGAACCAUGCCUAUGGACCGUUUAAAUGAUAUGGUGACUCGCAUCGUGGCAGCCUGGUACCAAUUGGGCCAAGACGAACCUGGAGACAAUCCGACCUCCCCCAACUUCUCUUCCUGGACAAAUGAGGAAUACGGUCAUCUCUACGAAGGAUCAGGCGACAAAGAAAUGGGGAAGGUGAAUGACUUUAUCAAUGUCCAAGGCAGUGGAGACGGGGCCCACAGUAUCACGGCCCGCAGGGUUGCCGCCGAGGGCACAGUGCUUGUAAAAAACGAAGAUGGCAUCCUUCCUCUAGACCCCCAAGGACCACGUUCAGCGUCCCGGCAGACAUAUCGUGUAGGGAUCUUUGGAGAGGAUGCCGGUCCUGGGAAAGGCCCAAAUGCUUGUGCAGAUCGAGGUUGCAAUCAAGGAACUCUAGGUUCCGGCUGGGGCAGCGGUGCAGUUGAAUUCCCUUACCUCAUCACGCCUUAUGAUGCCUUGAAAGGUUCUUUCGAUGCGAAUAAGGUAGAGGUUCAAGGGUUCUUGACAAACGAAAUCACGGAUAAGAUUCUUGAGAACCACGAUUUAUGCCUAGCUUUCGUCAACUCGGACUCUGGAGAAGGGUAUUUAAAGUGGAGUGAUGUCAGAGGCGAUCGAAACGAUCUCUACCUGCAAAAGUACGGUGAUGAAUUGGUCCAGAAAGUUGCCAACAAUUGCGGUGGAGAAAAGGGAGACACUGUUGUUAUUGUCCAUGCUGUUGGUCCCGUGGUGCUGGAGAAUUGGAUUGAGCACCCGCGAGUAAAGGCCGUCGUUCUCGCUCAUCUACCAGGUGAAGAGAGUGGAAAUGCCUUGGUAGAUGUUUUGUUUGGGCGAGUCGAUGCCAGUGGUAGACUUCCCUAUACAAUCGGCAAAACCCUCGAAGACUAUGGAGAAAGUGCCCAGGUGUUAUAUUUCCCGAAUGCUGUCGUGCCGCAGGUGAAUUUCACGGAUGGAUUGUAUAUUGAUUAUCGCUACUUUGACAAAAACGACAUCAGUCCCCGUUACGAGUUCGGAUUCGGACUGUCAUACACGACCUUUGAACUCUCAGAGCUUGUUAUUUCUCCCGUUCGAGAUAAAUCGCUAUUACCAGCACCUCGUCCUCAGGCGCCUGUCGCGGUUCCGGAAUACAGCAAGCAGAAACCGGAUGCAAAGUCUGCCUUGUUUCCACCGGGGUUCAAGAAGUUACGUAAAUACAUUUAUCCAUAUUUGUCUGAUCUCUCGGAGAUCAAGCAGAAGGACUUUGAAUAUCCCAAAGGCUAUAAAAAUAAGCAGCGCCCAUCUCCUGCUGGAGGUGGCGCAGGUGGAAAUCCGUCGUUGUAUGAGACGUUUGUUAUCGUGACGGCCAAUGUGACCAACACCGGCAACCGAACUGGACAAGAAGUUGUCCAACUAUAUGUCUCCUUUCCCGACAACGUCGAAGACCGGGAUGAUAAAUUCCGGGACGCGAUUGAAUUCCCCGUGCGCGUCCUGCGCGCCUUUGACAAAGUCGAGGUUGAGCCAGGCGAAACAAAAAAGGUCGAGUUUUCGUUAACGCGGAAGGACCUGAGUUUUUGGAGCACUCGCCGACAGAACUGGGUGAUGCCUGUGGAGGGUACAUUCAAGAUUGACGUGGGUCGAAGCUCGAAGGAUCUGCCUCUGCAGGGAGAGUAUUGA